GCACUGCUGGACAUUGACAUCUGCGGGCCGUCCAUCCCGAAAAUGAUGGGUCUGGAAGGGGAGCAGGUUCAUCAGAGCGGAUCUGGAUGGUCUCCAGUGUAUGUUGAAGAAAACUUAGGUGUUAUGUCCGUGGGCUUCUUGCUUAGUAGUCCUGAUGAUGCUGUCAUCUGGAGAGGACCAAAAAAAAAUGGGUUGAUCAAACAAUUUCUUCGUGACGUGGACUGGGGUGAAAUCGACUAUUUGAUUGUAGAUACACCUCCAGGAACAUCAGAUGAACACUUAUCUAUUGUGCAGUAUCUCAGUGCAGCACAUAUAGAUGGUGCUGUUAUAAUCACUACCCCUCAGGAAGUAUCGCUUCAGGAUGUUCGGAAGGAGAUCAACUUCUGCCAUAAAGUGAAACUGCCCAUCAUAGGUGUUGUGGAAAAUAUGAGUGGCUUUAUAUGUCCAAAGUGUAAGAAUGAAUCUCAGAUCUUUCCCCCGACUACUGGAGGUGCAGAGAAGAUGUGCCAGAACUUAAACAUUUCCCUCCUGGGCAAAGUGCCUCUAGAUCCUCAGAUAGGAAAAAGUUGUGACAAAGGCCAAUCUUUCUUGUCUGAAGCACCUGAUUCUCCAGCUACAUCGUCUUACAGGAAUAUCAUUCAAAGAAUUCAGGAAUACUGUGAUCAACACCAUUUUCAAAAAGAAAAGAUUAUCUAAUCUAUGAAUGGAAUAAAAAGGUAGUUCACUUUUAAUUACAGAAAAGUAACUUAUGCCUUGAUUUAAUAGAAGGAAUGUAUUCUUUUUGUAUAUUGCAAAUAAAGUCUUAAUAUAAA